CCUUGACUUAAUGGAGGUCUUCCAUUUUCUGUUAACUGUUUGUUCUUUAUCAAAAUCAUGUUUUGUUUUACCAACACUCAUGCAAAGAUCACAAAGAAAAGAAGUUAACUUUUGGAAGAUAACAACCACAAAACAAGUGCACAUAGCAACCUUACCUUGUUGAAACAAAGGUCAAAUUUAGUAGCAGUAUGCUAGGUGGGGAUAGCAAAAGAAGCAGCAGACUUAGACAAUCAUCAUGCUCAUGUCCACCCAGAAUGGUUAAAAUUUCAGCUCAGCCUUCUUCUUCUUCUUCUUCUUCUUCCUCUUUCUCUUCUACAGCACAGCUUAAAAGACACGAUGUUUUCAUCAGUUUUAGAGGUGAGGACACGCGCAACAGCUUCACAAGCCAUCUCUAUGCAGCCUUUCAGCACAAGAACAUCCAAGCCUUCAUAGAUAACAGGCUUCAGAAAGGGGAUGUGAUCUCUCCCUCUAUCUUUGAAGCCAUCGAACACUCCAAUGUUUCUCUUGUUGUUCUCUCCAAGUACUAUGCUUCCUCCACCUGGUGCUUGCGUGAGCUCGCCAAAAUACUUCAACUCAGGAAACGUGGAGGACACAUUGUGAUACCUGUUUUCUAUAAGAUUGACCCUUCCCAUGUAAGGAAGCAGACAGGAACUUACGGAAUGGCGUUUCAAAAAUAUAAAGAAGAUGUCAAACAAAACAUGGCCAUGUUGCAGAAAUGGAAAGCUGCUCUCACUGAAGUGGCAGAUAUAGUUGGGUGGGAAUCAAAGAAUUUUAGGACGGAGAAUGAACUCAUUCAGGAAAUUGUCAAAGACGUUAUGCAAAAACUCAACCAUAUGUAUCCCACUGAAGUAAAAACACUUGUCGGAAUUGAUCAAAAUCUUGCUCCUAUUGAAUCAUUAUUAAGACUAAGGUCAAAAGAAGUUCGCAUAAUUGGAAUUUGGGGAAUGGGUGGAUUAGGUAAGACAACCAUUGCGAGAGCUUUAUUUGACAAAUUAUCAUCUCAAUUUGAAGCUAGUUGCUUCUUGGCAAAUGUAAUGGAAGAACAUGAAAAGCAAGGACUUGAUUAUUUGCGCAAUAAACUUCUUUCUGAGAUAUUAGAAGAUGUGAAUCCCCAUAUAAGCACUUCCAAAGUGAGAUCUACGUUUGUUAUGAAGAGGCUUAGACAGAAAAAGGUUUUGAUAGUACUUGAUGAUGUGGACGAUCCAAAGAAACUCGAAGAUCUUGUUGCACAACAUGGUUGCUUGGGAUCUGGGAGUAGGGUCAUUGUCACCACAAGAGACAAGCAUGUCCUUAGCAAAGGGGUAGAUGCAAUCUAUGAGGUUAAGGGACUGUCCCUUGAUCAUGCUGUUAGGCUUUUUAGUUUAAAGGCCUUCGGGAAAACUUAUCCUGAAAGGGGCUUUGAAAUGCUGUCUAAACAGGCGGUUGAUCAUGCAAAUGGAAAUCCAUUGGCUUUAAAAGUUUUAGGUUCAGUUCUCCAUUCCAGAAAUGAGCAGCAAUGGGACAAUGCUAUGAGAAAAUUCAAGAAGGUUCCUAAUACUGAAAUUCAGAAUGUCUUGAGAUGGAGUUAUGAUGGAUUAGAUUAUGAACAAAAGAACAUGUUCCUGGACAUUGCAUGCUUUUUCCGAGGAGAAAAUAAAGAAAAUGUUAUAAGGUUGCUCGACAUCUGUGGUUUCUAUGCAUAUAUUGGUAUAAAAAUCCUUCUAGAAAAAGGUCUUAUAACUUUUUCUGAUGAUGGUGACGUCUGUAUGCAUGAAUUGAUACAGGAAAUGGGUUGGGAAAUUGUUCAUCAGGAAUCUAUCAAAGAUCCUGGAAGGCGCAGCCGACUCUGGGAUCUUAACGAAGUCUAUGAUGUGUUGAAAAAUAACAGGGGAACUGAAGCAGUUGAAGGCAUAAUCUUAGAUGUGUCUCAAAUAAGAGUCCUGCUGCUGAGCUGUGAGACUUUCUCAAGGAUGAUAAAUAUGAGAUUUCUCAAAUUCUAUAUGGGGAAGGGUAGAAAAUGCAAUUUGCACCUUCCUUCAGGUCUCCAAUCCUUGCCUAAUAAAUUAAUGUACCUACAAUGGGAUGGAUACCCUUCCAAGUCUCUGCCAUCAACUUUUUGUCCUGACAACCUUGUUGUGCUUUCCAUGAUGGAAAGCCACGUUGAGAAACUUUGGGAUGGAACCAAGUGUCUUCCAAGCUUGAAAGAGAUGAACCUCCAUGCCAGCAAAAAAUUAACUAAUCUCCCAGAUUUAUCUCAGGCACCAAAUCUUGAAACUAUAGAUGUUUCUAAUUGCACAAGUCUGCUUCAUGUUCCUUUAUCCAUCCAAUAUGUCAAGAAGCUUCUUCUGUUUAACUUGGAAUCCUGCAAGAGUCUCAAGAGUCUUCCAAGAAACAUUCACUUAUCUUCUCUUGGGAUGUUCAUUCUCAGACGCUGUUCUAGUCUUGAUGAGUUUUCAUUGACUUCGGAGAACAUGACACGCCUAGACUUGAGAGAAACAAAAAUAGCAGAUUUCCCAGAGUCUGUUUGGCAGCAUCUGAACAAGCUUGUUUACUUGAAUCUUGAAUCCUGCAACAAACUCAAGAGUCUUACAAGCAAGAUUCACUUAAAAUCUCUUCAAAGACUCAAUCUGAGAGAUUGUUCAAUUCUCGAAGAGUUUUCUGUGACUUCGGAGAGCAUGGAAUACUUGAAUUUGAGAGGCACAUCAAUAAGAGAAUUGCCAACAUCAGUUUGGCGCAAUAACAAGCUUUAUACUUUGGUUCUUCAUUCCUGUAAAAAACUGGUGAAUUUUCCUGAAAGACCAAAACUUGAGGAUUUACCUCUCCUAUCCUCCUCUGAAAGGCCAAAUAUGGAUGAACUAUGGACUUUGUCAUCCUUAGCAGAUUUGUCACUGAAAGGAAGCACGGUUGAGAAUUUACCUGCAAGCAUCAAAGAUCUUCCUAGUCUAAAAAAACUUACCUUGACUGAGUGCAAGAAGCUGCGAUCAUUACCAAGCCUUCCACCAUCCUUGGAAGACUUAUCCUUAGAUGAAAGUAAUAUUGUGUGCUUACCUGUAAGUAUCAAAGAUCUUUCCCAUUUGAGAAAACUAGCCCUAAUUAACCACAAGAAGCUUUUGACUCCACACGAUCUUCCACCAUCUUUGAAAGCUCCAUUACUCAGUGAAAGUAAAGUUGAUCCACACCUUGUGAGCAUGAAAGGUCUUUCUCAACUACAGAUGUUUCCUCAGGUUAAGUGGAAAAUGUUUCAUUCUCUACCAGAGCUUCCACCAUUCUUGGAAGAAUUUUCACUAAGUGAAAGCAAUAUUAAGUUCAUACCUGAAAGCAUUAAAAUUCUUUCACAUAUGAGGAAACUAGCCUUCACAAAGUGCACGAGGCUGCAGUAUUUACCAGAGCUUCCGCCAAAUUUGGAAGAUUUGUUUGUAAGUGGAUGUGACAUUGAAAGCUUGCCAACAAGCAUCAGAGAUCUAGUUCACUUGCGAAAGAUCACCUUAAUUGAGUGCAAGAAGCUCAAGGCUCUACCAGAGCUUCCACAGUGCCUGCAAUCAUUGUGUGCAGCUGACUGCACAUCACUUAAGAUUGUUCGAAGUACAAAGAAUAUCUUAAUAGAAGAUAGGUAUACAUUCUAUUGGAAUUGCAUAAACUUAGACCAAAAGUCACGCAACAACAUCAUUGCAGAUGCACCCUUUGAGGCAGCCUUUACUUCUUUGAAAGAAAGAACACCUCUUGGUCCUCUUAUUUCUAUUUGUUUGCCAGGAACUGAAAUCCCAGACUGGUUCAGCCACCAAUCAACAAACUCUUCACUGGACAUGGAAAUUCCUCUUGAGUGGUUCGUUGACUCGAUGUUCUUAGGUUUUGCUCUGUGCCUUGUAAUUGGUAGUUUCCAACAGAACAGUUAUGAAGGGUAUGAUCCAGAUAUCAAUUGUUAUCACUUUGUAAAAUCUGCCUCCUACUCUGGCCCCAGUGUUCCCUUUCUUGGACAUUGCACAACUGUAAUGCAGGUCCCAAGAGGUUUUAAUUCAGAUCAUAUAUUUAUAUGCUACUAUCCCUCUUUUAAUGCCUCCAUAUUACAAGAUUUCAAGGAUUUAAGCUUGUACUAUGAUGCCAAUGACAUAAGACUCAGAGUAAUCUUUAAAUUCAAGGGUCCAUCUCAAAGGUUGGACAUUGUUAAGAAGUGCGGGGUCAGACCUCUUUUGAUCGCAAAUACUGAAAGGCUUCGCAUAGAAAGUGAACUGCAACCUGAAUAGAAGGGAGUCUGAAAGUGUAACUAGGAUUGUGAAGAGAUAUAUUAACUGAGAUGAGAAAGAAACAGGGGGAUAACAUGAAGCUAACCAAAACAAAGGUUUUAUAUCCAGUGGUCGCUGAGCUGAGAAAAAGAAUCAUCUUGAAACCAUAGGUAGGUAACUCCAAAAUCUGCUGGAAACCUUAUUUUUCAUGCAUCCAUUAGUACCUUAAAGUUUCCAUCUGAUACCAUUGCAACUCCUGAUAUGAGGGAAGAAAAAAAAAAAAAAAAAACCUUUUUCUAUUUGUUAUCAUCAUUCAUAAUGUGUCACAAAUGAAAUGAAUGAUAUUGUGAAUGAUGAUGGCCUGAUAACAUCAGUCAUAAGAAAAGAAUAAAAGAACUACCCAUUUUUGACGAGUUAAUUAUUGUUUCAAAAAUUAUUUUCUAACAAAAAAGCCCUUGGAAAUGUAAAGCUGAAUGAACAGGUAAUUUUUCAGGAGAACUUUAUCCACGUGUCUCAAUUCGUGCAGAAGUCCAAAACGGUUAGUCUGUUAUAAAGUAAUGUCUUCAGAUGUACAAGGAUAUUCUGGCGUUCCUAAUGAGCAAAAUACAUUUUCUAUUUCCUUUUAAAUGGAUGAAAUCUUCAGUGCGUUCUACGUUACAGCAAUGAGUAAUCUGACAUUUUGAAGGUGCAUAAAUAAAUAUGAAGGACUAUGCUGAACCCAUAAUCAUCGUUUUGGCGCAAAUUAACCUGUGAUGAAAUUUCAAAUUUAAAGACCUAAUAAUUCAUUCAAGUAACGUUAACCAUUAUUCGAUAGAUUCAAUGACUCAACAGUGUUAAAUAACGCUAAUGGACAUUUUAUUAUCAAACAAAUUUCACUAUACUCUCGCUUAAAAAAUUUGCCCAUUCUCUUUUUUAUGUAGAACUCACGUGAAAUCACCAA